AACGCAGAACAAGCCUCACAAGCAACUUACACACCGGACUGGGAGUCCCUUGAUCAACGACCGUUACCAGAAUGGUAUGACGAGGCGAAAGUUGGAAUUUUUCUGCAUUGGGGUGUCUUUUCCGUGCCGAGUUUGGAAUCCGAAUGGUUCUGGUGGCUCUGGGAGGGAAACAAAACACGACGUCCGAAUGUGCCGGAGUACAUGCGCCAGUUCUAUGCCCCCGAUUUCGCUUACGCGGAUUUUGCACGGGAUUUUCGAGCUGAAUUCUUCCAACCCGCCAAAUGGGCAGAACUGUUCAGGGACUCAGGAGCCAAAUAUGUGGUCCUGACGGCAAAACAUCACGAAGGAUUUUGUAACUGGCCUUCCGAAACCUCAUGGCAGUGGAAUUCUGCAGUUAUUGGUCCGCGUCGAGAUUUGGUCGGUGAACUGGCCGGGGCAAUUCGCAAACGAACCGAUUUGCGAUUUGGUGUGUAUCAUUCCCUGUACGAAUGGUUUAAUCCGCUCUACUUGAAGGAUCGUGAUUUUAUCCGAACUAAAAUCAUGCCUGAAAUGAAGGAUCUUGUGUUGCGUUAUCGACCUGAAGUGUUCUGGUCUGACGGAGAUGUCGGUCCAGACCGAUACUGGGAUUCCAUGAAUUUCCUUGCCUGGCUGUAUAAUGAGUCACCGGUGCGUGACACUGUCGUCACAAACGAUCGCUGGGGAGAUGGUUGCAUGUGCAAGCACGGCGGUUACUACACCUGUACGGAUCACUAUCGACCGGGUCAACUUGUGGAACACAAAUGGGAGAACUGUAUGACAUUGGAUCGUUCUUCGUGGGGAUUUCGGAGAGAGGAGCUUAUCUACGAACUGGUGAGCACAGUGGCUUUCGGGGGUAAUAUACUGAUCAAUGUUGGACCGACUGCUUGGGGCACCAUUUCACCUAUUUACGAGGAGCGUUUACGUCAGCUUGGACAGUGGUUGCAAUUGAACGGGGAAGCAAUUUACUCAACCAAACCAUGGCGCGUGCAACAUGAAACGAAAGCAUCGUAUAUCUGGUAA